AUGCCAUGGUGGGGGGAGUGCCGCUACGAGGAGAACUGCGCAUGCCUGCACGGAGACGCUUGUGACACGUGCGGGCUGCAAGUCCUCCAUCCCCCGGAUGCUGCUCAGAGGUCAGAGCAUAUAAAAUUCUGCAUCGAGGCCCACGAGGACAUGGAGCUCUCGUUCGCGGUGCACCGCAGCAAGGACAUGGUGUGCAGCAACUGCAUGGAAGUGGUCUACGAACGAGAAAGCCAACCCCAGCGAGCUCCGCUUCGGGAUCCUCUCCAAUUGCUGUCUCAAGUGUAUUCACAAGUGGAGGAGUGCUAA